AUGUUGCCGUACAUCAAUUACCCGUUUGAAUACCUUUCGGGGAUACUAGGCAGUCCGCCGGAUGACCUCAAAUUGAUAUUCUCAUUUCUCCUCUCGUAUCCCCUCGCCGGCCUGCUCAAGCGCGUACCUGACAGCCGCCCCGAAUUCAAGAACAUCUUCAUCAUCGGCAUUGCCACAUUCUACCUGGUCGGCCUUUUUUCAUUAUGGGGAGGUCUGCGAACGAUCUUCAUCGCCAGCGCCGGGACUUAUGCGCUGGCUUCCUUCCUCCCUACUUCGCCCUACAUGCCUUGGAUCGCCUUUGUGUUCCUGAUGGGCCACAUGGCCAUCAACCAACUAGAGCGGCAGUUUACGGCCAACCCAGAGGUGAUGGACAUCACGGGCACCCAGAUGGUCCUCGUCAUGAAGUUAUCGGCUUUUGCUUGGAAUGUGUUUGAUGGCACGCUGCCCGACAGCGAAUUGAGCGAGCUGCAGCAGGCUCGCAAGAUUGUGAAGCUGCCCAGCAUCCUGGACUACACGGCCUACGUCCUUUUCUUCCCCUCCCUGCUCAUCGGCCCUGCAUUCGACUACAACGAAUACCGCAACUGGAUCGACACGAGCAUGUUCACCGUGCCGCCGACGGUGGAUCCGACAAAGAAGCCGCCCACCCGAUUCAAGCGCAAGAUUCCGAGGUCAGGAACGCCAGCCAUGUGGACCAUGGCAUCUGGCUUGGGCUACAUCUUCCUGUUCCUCCAAUUCGGAUCAAGGUUUUACCCCGAAUGGAUGCUGGACGAGGGGUUUCUCAAGUACGGUAUCCUUCGCAGAGUCUUCUAUCUCCACAUGGUUGGCCUUACCAUCCGCUUCAAGUACUACGGCGCCUGGCUCCUCGCAGAAGGGUCCUGUAUCCUGGCUGGCCUCGGCUAUAAUGGUGUCGAUCCCACGACAGGCAAGGUGUCGUGGAACAGGCUGCAGAAUGUCAACCCCUGGGGCGUCGAGACGGGCACGAACAGCCGUGCGUAUCUCGAGAACUGGAACAUGAACACCAACAAGUGGCUUCGCAACUACAUCUACCUACGCGUCACACCCAAAGGCAAGAAGCCAGGCUUCAGAGCCAGCAUGGCUACCUUUGUUACCAGCGCUUUCUGGCACGGAUUCUACCCUGGAUACUACCUUACCUUUGUUUUGGCCAGUUUCGUGCAGACUGCAGCCAAGAACAUGCGCCGAUAUGUCCGACCCUUCUUCCUGGACCCGAACACACAGAACCCGCUGCCGACCAAGAAAUUUUACGACAUCGCCUCGUGGCUCGCCACACAGCUCAUCUUCUCGUUCGCCGUCGCACCGUUCUACCUCCUGACCCUCGAAAAGUCCCUCAUCGUCUGGUCUCGGGUGUAUUUCUACGCCGUCAUCACCGUCCUCGUCAGCAUCGGCUUCUUCUCAAGUCCUGGCAAAGUCUACUUGAAGAAGGCUCUCGAGGAGCGCUCGCGGAAGGCGGGCGUCGCGCAGCUCAAGAAGUCCAGCAGCAGCGAGAGCCUGACGGGCAACAGGCCCGAGCCGGUGCUGGGGCUCAACGACCCCGUCCGUGACGUCGACGAUGCCAUCAAGGAGCUCAAGGAGUCUGGGCUGGACUCGAAGCAGGUCAAGCAGAUGGUCGAGGAGGCGAUCCGGGAAAAGCAGACCGAGUUCCGCAACCGGACGCGCAAGGCGUGA